GGAGACUCACAGAUACGCCGACAUUCAUUGUCGGACUGUCAUAACAAUUGUGUCUGUUACAGAGGAUGCCUGUUCUGGAGCCCACUCACAUCGAGUGUUUACUGUUCAGUGGAUGCAUGCUGUACCAUGGAUAGACAAGAGACCCCAAAGGGAUCCAGACUCAAUGAUGAAUAUCACCAUGAUGGCAACGGAGAGAGGGACAAAGUGCCACAGCGGUAUCCCAAGCCAUUUUAUCAUGGAGAAGGAGGACGAUCCCUUCGCCCAUGUCUCGAAACAAAGUCAGACACAGGAAGGUAUCCUGAAAUUGUGGAAUAUGAGGAGGAGAUGAAAAAGAGAUGCGGAAUUGAUGAUAACCCUUCACUCGAACAUAAAACUAAUGAAGUUCCUUCCAGAGUAACAUCCGAAUGUCAAGAUGGUCAUUCAACACAACUUACCAUUGGAUCCAAAAGAUCUGAUGCGACCAGGAAUGGUGAUAGAAAGAAAAGAUCAGAUUUAUCACACAGUAUUGCACUGGAGGUGGUCGAAUACAAACUCCCUACAGACCACAAAAGACGGUUUCCCAAUGAAACAAACAACGAGAAACAUGAAAUCAGUCAGGUGUGGAACAGUGAUCAUGGAACAAAGGCGUGUAAACUGGAUACGAAUUUAGCAGCUGACCCGGUUUCACCUGUGCAGAGAGCAAAGACUGACGGUGAAGCUGCUGCUGAAUAUUCUGGAUAUUUCAGAAAUGGAAACGUGUCUUUACAAGAUCUUCAACAUUUAAGGUGUCAGUCCUCAGACAAUAUUGCGAGGUGCACUGCAGAUGCCGGAAGUUGGUUUCAGACAGCCUUAGAUACAGAGAACUGGACAUUAGACAACACCUUAUUGAUGACUGCUAUUCUAGCUAAAGGGUGCAAGAGUCGUACAUCUGCUGAAAAUGUCUCAAAGAUGCUGGCUGCUUUGAAGGAAUCAAACUUUUUGAAAAAGAUUGUGCCAGAGAUGCUGACUGAAAUGUCCGACAUAGAAUGUACUAUGGAGGAGAAGACAAAUUUAUUAAAAGAUUUAUACAUUGUUUUACAAUAUAUCAGUAGUCAUUUUCCAAGUAGUGUCAUGCUUAUACUGGGUCUUGACACACGUGUAAAAAACAUUGUUCAAACAAUGAAGCUAGAAACCAAAAGUGGGAAUGAAGACCUUUUGCAAGAAAUGAAAGCAUUUUCAUGCAUAAAGGAACACAUACUGAGCAAGCUAAACAAAGAAAAAGAGAGAGCUCAAAAACAGCGAAAGAAAAUCAAACCACCUGAUGAUUUCCGGACUUUGUCUAUAUAUCCAAAAAGGGAAGAUCUUAACAUGAGACAUAUACCAUUCCUCAGAAGAAAUAAGAAGAGUGGAACAUACGGUGAUAUUGAUGAAUAUUUGGACACCCAAUUCAGGCUCUUGAGAGAGGAUUUUAUUCAGCCACUUAGAGAAGGUAUACAAGAAUAUUGGGAUUCCCCAAAAGAUCCAAACAUUAGAAAAAGCAUUAAUGUUUAUAAAGACGUUAUCAUUCAAGAUGUGGUGUGGUCAUUAAAUGAGAAAAUACUUCACAAACUUUCCUUUAAGACUGAAGAACUGAAGGGAAUUAAGUGGGAAAAUACUAAACGUCUAACAAAUGAUGCACUUGUAUGUCUAUCUUCAGACAACUUCCUGACAUUUUACAAUGCAACAGUGAAACAAAGAAAUGAAAAUGAACUUCAACAAGGCAAUGUCACUGUGUAUUUUGAGAUAGAUUACAGUGCAUCUUUUAGCCUAUUCAAAGGAGGACCAUAUGUAAUGAUAGAAACACCUGCUUAUUUUGAAGCAUACAGGCCUGUUUUAGAGGCUCUCAAAUGUGUCUCUGAUGACAUGCCAUUCACGAAAUACAUUCUUGAAUGUGAACCAUGUACAAGGCCACCUCUCUAUAUGAAAUAUUGCAGUGCGCCAAUAGACUUUUCUAUGGUUGUCCAACGACAUGCAGAAUUAGAUUUGCAAACAUCAACUAGUAAAACUAAAGCUACACUGAAGUCAGACUUGAACUCUGACAAAAAUGGAAAAGCUGAAGUUGUUCCAGAGGAGAAUGGUACAGGUACAGACCAUGAUACAUGGCCAAUUGCAGAAGACCUGGGACUAAAUGAUUCACAAUACAAAGCAUUUAAAGCUGCCCUUACAGAAGAAUUUUCCAUUAUCCAAGGUCCUCCCGGGACUGGAAAAACAUACGUAGGUCUGAAACUUGUGGAAACCUUGCUGUCAAACUUACACUUGUGGCACACGGACACAGAUGAUAAAGAUGUGUCCGAACAUGACAAAACCAGUCCAAUGCUCCUAAUGUGUUACACCAAUCAUGCCUUAGAUCAGUUCAUGGAGGGAAUAUCCAGAUUUAUCAAACCUGAUGACUGCAAUAGCAUUGUCCGUAUUGGAGGCCAGAGCAAAAAUGACAAAAUAGACAAGUUUAACAUCAGGAAUAGAAGAUUUGACUUGAGACGCAACAGACCUUUGUCUGACAUAACAAGUCAACUGCAAAUGUGCAAGAGCGACAUUCGGAGAUGUGGAUGGCAAAUAAAUGUUUUAAGAGAGGGGGUCAUUCAUGAAGAUGUUUUGAGGCCCUUCAUAAAAGAACAUUUUUAUCAUCUCACAAAACAGUUUGAUGCAAGACAUUGCAAUUCUGCUAUACUUAAUUGGUUGGGGUUUGGUAUGCUUACAAAGCGCAACAAAUGGUUACGAAUGAAAGACGCAGGGGUUCAAUCUGCACAAGAAUACUAUACCCAGAACUACCAAUUACUUGAAACUGAAAACCAAAUUUUUGCUCUAACAAUGAAAGAUGUCAGCAAAGCCAAUGCUGAAUCUAAUUCAGAGAGUGACAAUGGUGCAGACAAAGAAAAUAUAGAAGCUUUGAAGAAACUUUCAAAAAAACAAAAGGAAGUCAUUCUUAAAAAUAUGCAGGGAUUAUUACGUCUUAGAAGAUGUAUGACACCCAAGGAAGUACAAAAUGUCACAUAUAUCUGGAAGCUGCAAAGGACUGACCGAUGGCGUCUCUAUUGGUACUGGGUACAAUUAUUGCAAGAUUUUCUUGAAAGAAAGAGAUUGGAUGAGCUGAAAGACAAGCUUUGCAAGUUCAAAGAAACAGUGACAGAGUAUGAAAAUGUCAAAAGAAAGAUUGAUGAGAAUAUUUUGAAAAAGGCAAUGGUAGUUGGAAUGACUACAACAGGGGCGGCAAAGAAUUAUGAACUGUUAAAGUUGGUUAAGCCACGUAUUAUUAUCAUUGAAGAGGCGGCAGAAGUUCUAGAAAGUCAUACAGUUACAUCAAUACAUCCUGGAUGUGAACAUCUUAUUCUCAUUGGGGAUCACCAGCAGCUUCGUCCCAAUCCGAAUGUGCAUACUUUGGCGAAAAGAUUCAACCUUGACCUUUCAUUAUUUGAACGAAUGGUCAACAAUGGACUCAGGAUCAACUGUUUGACACUUCAGCAUCGAAUGAGGCCCUGUAUUUCGAGACUGAUGAGGCACAUUUACCUUCGUCUGGAUGACCAUCCUAAAGUAUCUAAGUAUGAAAACAUGAAAGGUAUUGCAAAAAACUUGUUUUUCAUCAAUCACUCUGAACAUGAGGGUGAAAAAGAAGAUUCAAUGAGCCAUUUCAAUGGCUUUGAGGUGAACUAUAUAGUUAGACUUUGCAAGUAUCUUCUUCUGCAAGGCUAUCAGAAGUCACAGAUAACAAUUCUAAGUGCUUAUUUGGGUCAAGUAGCUCGCAUAAGAAAAGAAUUGCCAAACCCAGAGUUUUAUGAUGUUACUAUCACGCCUGUGGACAAUUAUCAAGGUGAAGAGAAUGACAUCAUCCUCCUGUCCCUAGUAAGGAGCAAUGUUGAAGAAAAGGUUGGAUUUCUGAGGAUCGAGAACCGAGUUUGUGUGGCUUUGUCGCGAGCAAAGAUGGGAAUGUAUGUCAUAGGCAAUUUUGAUUUGCUGUCCAGAAAGAGUGACCUCUGGAGACGAAUUAUCUCUGAUGUGAAUCAAAUGGGUGAACUUGGACCAGGGCUACCUCUGUAUUGUCAAAACCAUUCAAACAAUGAUGGAAUUGUUGCAAUUAUACCAGAGGACUUCAAUGCUGCUCCUGAUGGAGGCUGCAUGAAAAAGUGUGACUUCCGACUUAAUUGUGGACAUGUUUGCCGAUACUCAUGUCAUCCAUUAGACAGAGAGCAUAGUGAAUAUCAUUGCCAGAAAGCUUGUCUUAAAACAUGUACAGUUGGGCAUACUUGUCCAAAGCCAUGUUUUGAGGAGUGUGGGAAAUGUAUUGUUGUUGUUCCAAAGGUGUUGCCAGUGUGUGAACAUACUCAAGAGGGAUACUGUCAUGUACCCCCUGAAGACGAAAACUGUCAAACACAAUGUGAAAGAACUUGUGAGAGAGGUCAUCACUGCCAAAAGAAAUGCUUUGAAAGGUGUGGACCAUGCAGGGUUACAGUAUCUAAAACUUUGCCAGAGUGUGGUCAUGUGCAAGAUAGUGAGUGUCAUCUUGAUCCCAGAUUUGGCAAAUGUGAGCACGACUGUGAAAAAGUAUGUCCAGAAGGACAUCCAUGCAAUAAGAAAUGUCAUGAACGUUGUGGAAAAUGUUCAGUUGAGGUUCCUAAAAUACUUCCCAGAUGUGGACAUGAAGAACUUAUUAAGUGCUCUGACGAUCCUAGGUACGCACAGUGCAUGACAAAUUGUGAGAAUAUCUUACAGUGUGGGCACAUGUGUGAGAAUCUGUGUGGCCAAAGAUGUAGAUGUAAAACAUACAUCCUCAAACUCUUGACAUGUGGCCAUCAAAAGUCGAUUCUAUGUGAAGAUAAAAAUGUCCCCAAUAUCCAGUGCAAAGUUAAAUGUAAUACGAUCCUCACAUGUGGCCAUCCCUGUGGUGGGUCAUGCGUUGAAUGUUGGGGAGGUCGUUUACAUCGCCAGUGCAAAGAGGAACACAAAUGUAUGCUUGUUUGCGGACACAUGAGCGACAUUAAAGGGACAUACACGCAACCUUGUAGUCACAGGUGUCCAACACUUUGUGAUCACGGUCAAUGUAGAAACAAAUGUGGAGAAAAAUGUACUGAAUGCAACAAGCAAUGUACUUGGCUUUGUCCACAUUUUCGAUGUGACAAACGGUGCAAUGAUAAUAGCCGCCGUUGCUCCAGACCUUGUAAAAGACGACUAGAAUGCAGGCAUCUGUGUCCUGGAUUAUGUGGCGAGAAGUGCCCAAGCAAGUGCAAAAUAUGUAACCAGGGCGACUUUACAUUUAUACGUAGACCUUUCAGUCAUAAGUCAAGAUAUGUACAACUUUCUGACUGUAGCCACAUGUUGGAUGUGACCUUUCUGGAUAAGUGGAUGCAACCUUUUUUCAACAAAUAUGGCGUAGUUGAAAUCGGUUAUAGAAGUUGUCCUUUCUGUUCAACUCCUAUAAGGAACAACCCUAGGUAUGGUAAAAUUCUGAAAUGCAUACAGGCUGAUAUUGUUGAACUAUCCAAUGCUCAACAAAAGCAAGAACAGAUCUUUCGCCAAGCUAUUGAAGCUGUGCCCAAAACAGGAUCACGUCACACAGGUUUCCCAUCUGUUUUUGAAAGAAAAAGACUCAGAUUCAGGAGACCCGAAUCGGACAGCUGGAUCUCUGCACAAAUCAGAUUGCCACUGUUAGAUGAUGUAUGGAAUAUUGAGGAAAGCCUAGAACAAUGGGAUGAAUCUUCUUCAAAUAUGCAUGUGGUCAAUCAAUGUUCAGAAGACAUAAAAUACUUACGGAAAUGGAUUUCUGAAGAGAGGGACUACUUUAGUGAACAAGAGACAUCUGAUGCAAAAAAGGAAUUGAAACGUCAGACGUUACUGUUGACCCUUCUAAGAGUUCUGGAUGAUGACAACACCAUCAAUAGCCAGGAAGAGAACUUCGAUGUUCCUGUCACUGAUACAGGGGCUGCAGCUGAUUCUCAACUAACUGGUGCCCAGCGCGUGACUUUAGAGAGUGGCAUAAGACUCUUGCAGCAAACGGGACCACUGAUUCCACGUGUAUCAUCUGGGAUAGAAGAUCUUUUAGAAACAUUGUGUGUACCUGAAUCUGAUGACCAACCACUAAGGUUACACGUCCAAAAUAUUGUUCUUCCCAAGCCCCUCGUGUUUGGAUGCUGGUUCAAAUGCAGAAAUCGUCACAUAUUUUUUGAGGGCAGCACAUACGAGAAACCUAACCUGGAUGAAGUAAAGUGUCCCGAAUGUAUGAAAGAAGAACCCCAGGCUGCACAAACAUAAGGUGAAUACGUCACGGGGACCAAUGACAAGGCCAAAACCUGAAUUGGCGAUGCACGUGGAGUUUCCUGUAGUCUAAAGAGGUAUUUGGGGAUGCUGACUUGUCGUGGCCAUAUAUCAAUCAGCAACAACAGCAGUUCAUGAUUAUUCAAUUAUUCAAAAAUUAAAGGUUAAAAAUGACAGAUGCAUUUUACAGAAUAUGACAUUCUCACCUGUCAGCUUGAGGUAUGUUGCAUAUCAAUACAAACAUAGGAACCUUAUGUAUAACAUUAGUUCAGUUAAAGAGCUACAUGCUAUUUUAAUGUAAACCUGAAAUGCAUUAAUACUUUUUUUUACUGAUUGUGUUAAAUGUGAGUUUUCGGAAUGCUCUAGCAAUACCGGGACUCCAGGAAUGUUUUUCUUGUACCUACGUGGAAAAUUGACCUGAGUGUUACGAGACACUCGAUCACAUACCUCUCUUGUAAACAGGAAAGUCGUGCACGUUACCUUUGAUAAACAUGUAUGUACUAGAUAUAAUGUGUACGUUUGUUGCGAUAAAUACAUCUGAUUUCGUAUUCACAGUGAUGUAGAGUGAUGUUUACAGUUUGAGACUACAAAUCCAGGGUGCAAUGACGAUCGUUUGUAAAACUCACAUGUUUCCUUAGAACUUGUUCAAGUUCUACUUUAUACAUUAUACUUACAUCAUAUCAAUAAGAAACAUUAAUGUCUAGCGUAGUUAGCCGUAUGAUGGAAAUACCCCUGGAUCAGUGUCUUGGGUGACAGUCUACAGUAAUCUACGAAUUUACCUUAGUGGCUGGACAUGCAUAGAUGGGUAUUUAGUCUUACAGAAAGCCGGUUAACAAAGCAAAUGAAGCCAAAUAUUAUCGUUAUCUUUUAUUUGACUUUUGACAAACAUGAAAGAAAGUACGGAAUCCAUGUCUGUAUAUUAUUCCACUGCAAAGAAAUCAUGAUGCAAUGGGUUUUGUUAACUAUUUGACAGAAAAAAAUAUGUUUGGUCACUUUCUCACUUAAUUGCCUUAUCGAAUUGUCAAUUGUUUGUAUAUGUGAUGAAGUGAGGUUUGUGUGAUAUAUGAAAACUUGAUUGAUUAUGAAAAGACAGAGUUUAUAUACAGUGAAUAAUGAAUAUCAAGUAUUAUAAGUCUCCAUUAUUCCUCAUUAUGAAAGACACCCUUCACCCGUUCGCCACCUUACUUUCAUUCCAAUCUCCUAUUAUUAACCUAGUACAGAAUGUCUUUCGCUCGUGAACUUGAAAUCACCAACCAACCUAGUAAGAUUAGUGAUGUAAAUACAUAAAGUAUGUUUUUGAUGAUAAAUUGUGUUAUAUGCAGGCAUUUACUAAUCUUGCAAGGAUAGUGCUGUAUACAUGAAAAAGUUGUUGUUUCUCAAAUAGUGUGUUAUAUGCAGGUGUUGUAUAAUCCAGUUCUAGUAAGAUUAGUGAUGUAAAUACAUAAAGUCUGUGUCUUGCGAUAAAUUGUGCUGUAUGCAGUUAUUGUAUAAUCCAGUUCCAGCAAAACUAGUGUUGUAAAUAGUUAAAGAUGAUGUGUUGUUUCUCAAAUAGUGUGUUAUAUGCAGGUGUUGUAUAAUCCAGUUCUAGUAAGAUUAGUGAUGUAAAUACAUAAAGUCUGUGCCUUGCGAUAAAUUGUGCUGUAUGCAGUUAUUGUAUAAUCCAGUUCCAGCAAAACUAGUGUUGUAAAUAGUUAAAGAUGAUGUGUUGUUUCUCAAAUAGUGUGUUUUAUGCAGGUGUUGUAUAAUCCAGUUCUAGUAAGAUUAGUGAUGUAAUUACAUAAAGUCUCUGCCUUCGGAUAAAUUGUGCUGUAUGCAGUUAUUGUAUAAUCCAGUUCCAGCAAAACUAGUGUUGUAAAUAGUUAAAGAUGAUGUGUUGUUUCUCAAAUAGUGUGUUUUAUGCAGGUGUUGUAUAAUCCAGUUCUAGUAAGAUUAGUGAUGUAAUUACAUAAAGUCUCUGCCUUCGGAUAAAUUGUGCUGUAUGCAGUUAUUGUAUAAUCCAGUUCCAGCAAAACUAGUGUUGUAAAUAGUUAAAGAUGAUGUGUUGUUUCUCAAAUAGUGUGUUUUAUGCAGGUGUUGUAUAAUCCAGUUCUAGUAAGAUUAGUGAUGUAAUUACAUAAAGUCUCUGCCUUCGGAUAAAUUGUGCUGUAUGCAGUUAUUGUAUAAUCCAGUUCCAGCAAAACUAGUGUUGUAUAUACUUAAAGAUGAUGUGUUUUAUUUUUCAAAUAGUGUGUUAUAAGCAGGUGUUGUAUAAUCCAGUUCUAGUAAGAUUAGUGAUGUAAAUACAUAAAGUCUGUGCCUUGCGAUAAAUUGUGCUGUAUGCAGUUAUUGUAUAAUCCAGUUCCAGCAAAAUUAGUGUUGUAUAUAGGUAAAGAUGAUGUGUUGUUUUUCAAAUAGUGUGUUAUAUGCAGGUGUUGUAUAAUCCAGUUCUAGUAAGAUUAGUGAUGUAAAUACAUAAAGUCUGUGCCUUGCGAUAAAUUGUGCUGUAUGCAGUUAUUGUAUAAUCCAGUUCCGGCAAAACUAGUGUUGUAUAUACUUAAAGAUGAUGUGUUUUUUUAAUUUUUCAAAUAGUGUGUUAUAAUACAAAAAGUCUGUGCCUUGCGAUAAAUUGUGUUGUAUGCAGUUAUUGUAUUCCAGUUCCAGCAAAACUAGUGUUGUAUAUACUUAAAGAUUUUGUGUUUUUGUGUUGAAUAAUCCAUUUCCAACAAUGUUAGUGUUGUAUCCCUGAAGAAUUUUGUUUUGUUUUAUCAUAUAGUGUGUUAUAUGCAUAUGUUGAAAAUCCAAUCCUCGUACGAUUAGUGUUGUAGACACUUAAAGUAUGUUUGCGAUGAUAAAGCGUGCUUUGUGCAGGUGUUGUAUGAUCCAAUUCUCGUGAGAUGUGUUAUGUUAAUACUUAAAGUAUCUUUUAGAUGAUAAAUUGUUUUAUAUGCAGGUGUAGCAUAAUCCAAUUACAGCCGGAAUAGGGAUAAAAUACACAAGUAUGUAUUAGUGACAGAAGUUGAAUAGAAUUAUCCUUUUUUUGUAAAAAUGUGUGUCUUUUUUUUGUAUGCAAAUACUGUAUAUUUCAGUUUUGACGUGAUGAUUGUUGUACAUGUAGAGCUUUUUUGAUUAAGCGUUUGAUCAGUUGCAGGAUAAUACGCUUCUGACAAGAUUAGCGUUGUAAAUUCCGAAUGUUAACAAUGUACACGGCAACACUUUCAAUUUUAAGUUUUUUUAAUGCAUUACAUAUCUGAACAUGAUGUCCGAUGCAAUUCCCUAUUUUCACUUGUGCCAUAAAUUCCCGUGUUUUUUCAUGUGACCAAUUAACUUGCCUUUGCAUGUGUUUGUGAUGGGUGCCACCAUUUGGUCAGAAUACGCUCAUCGUUUCGGGAACACCUGGUACCAUCACUAUUUGAUAAUGAUUCGUAAACACAUGCUCAUGUGAUGGUCGGAAUCCUACCAUCGACUCUUUUUUGGGCAGAUGUUUCUUAUGAAUAUGCAAAGCGUUUUGUCACUGUUAUCUAGGUGGUGGUAUUUUGUAUUUAGAGUACAAUGGGCUAUAUGAGCAGUCAUUUCUUAUGAUUGUGCAGAGGGUUUUGUCGCUUUUAUAAUCUAUAGCUAGUAUUGCAUACAACUAGUAGUGGCUGGGGUGGUGACUUAAAUCCUGCUGGGGCAUUAUGAACGUGGCAGGUGAACAUGAGGUCAUCAUAAUCCCCAGGAUAGAAUGUACAUAUACCGUAUUCGACGUAAUAAGCCCCCAGGGUGCACUCAAAAUUAGAAAUAGGGGCCCUUAUUAAAAUAAAAUUUUGGUUAAAAAAACAGAGUUGAAAGAUCGUAAAUUUCGUGGACUAUACUGACAGCCUUAAGUGAUACAAAAGAAAAGUCUGUGUAUUAUGUACAUGACGGAUAUAUUUUCCAGAAUUUAACUGCCCAUAAUUAAGAGUGCAUAUAACACACGAAUGCGUAUUAUACCCGAAUAGAUAAGUCUUGCGUACAUUGAUCAAUCGGAAGAAAUUUGGAUUGUUCACUCGCCAAUAUAUUAGUAAAUAUCGCCGUUUGAGAGGGCGCUUAUUACGUCGAAUACGGUAUGUGAAAUGACUAGUUGAAGACGUUUAUAUAUGUUGAACUGAUUAUUUUUAAUCUUUAAUAUGUGAUAUUUUGCUCAUUCUUUUGCUGUCUUUAUUUUAAAAACAAAUAUAGCUUUUAUAAUGCCGGUCUAACGUAAAACUCUUGACUCACUGGUGAUGCUAUCUAGUGGCAAGCCAUGGUAGAAUGCAUAAGAUGUUAUGAACAACGGUCCACAUAGUUGGGGUACGAUGACACACAAUUAACCACGUCACCGAGCCUGACCACCCUGCCCAUUAAGACAAGACAAGCAACCCGGUGCCCCCACAGGGGUACUGCCUUCACGAUAUGGCUGAAAUACUGCCGAUGUGACGUUAAAUCUUAACUCACUCACAUUCACAGGGGUACUUCACAGAGCUGCAACUGUUAUCCAGAUGAUCAGAUAAUUGAGUGGAAGUAAAUAUUAUCAGUAACUCGUUCUAAUAAUGAUGUCUUUGUUGUGAUUUGCAUUGUCCAUGAAUCUAUUGUUAGUUGCAGUCCUCAAUACAUUAUGUGAUGCUAUUUAAAAUACCGUACUACAUGUAUCCAGCGUAAUUAAACAUUUGGAAGUC